CGUAUUUUCGUCUCGUCCUCUGUGUUGUUGUGCUCGGUGACGCGACGGAGGUGUAGCCUGACGCGGUCUCUUACGUGUCGGCCUGAAUAAAACUGGAGCUCCGAGGGCUCGAGAGUGACGGAGGGAGUCUGUAUCGAUUCACUAAGUAGCAGAGAGUGGGGACAGGAGUCGGAAAGUGUGAAAAUACUCUCUAGGUGUCCCUAUUAUAGCUAACUCGAUGACCAUGGAGUCUGGAGCCCAGCAGGGUGUAGACACUGCUGUCUCUGAGACUGAGAGCCAACAGAUCACCCAGGCCCAAAUUGCCACUCUUGCACAGGUGACAAUGGCUGCAGGACACUGUAGCACCUCGGCACCCACAGUCACACUGGUGCAGCUCCCCAAUGGUCAGACAGUGCAGGUGCAUGGAGUGAUCCAAGCUGCUCAGCCUUCAGUCAUUCAGUCGCCACAGGUGCAAACUGUGCAGAUUUCCACUGUAGCGGAGAGUGAAGAUUCGCAGGAGUCGGUGGACAGUGUGACUGACUCUCAAAAACGGAGAGAGAUCCUUUCUAGACGCCCCUCAUAUAGGAAAAUCCUGAAUGACCUGUCAUCAGAUGCUCCAGGAGUUCCGAGAAUCGAAGAGGAGAAAUCCGAGGAGGACACUGCACCAGCCAUCACUACAGUGACUGUUCCAACCCCAAUAUAUCAGACCAGCAGUGGCCAGUACAUUGCUAUUACGCAAGGUGGAGCCAUUCAGCUGGCGAAUAACGGCACAGAUGGAGUGCAGGGAUUGCAGACUCUAACUAUGACCAAUGCAGCAGCUGCACAGCCAGGCACCACCAUCCUGCAGUACGCCCAGACCAGUGAUGGUCAACAGAUACUGGUGCCCAGCAAUCAAGUGGUGGUACAAGCUGCUUCUGGAGAUGUUCAGGCCUAUCAAAUCCGCACUGCACCUACCAGCACUAUUGCCCCAGGUGUUGUCAUGGCCUCCUCCCCUGCCCUGCCAAGCCAAGGAGGUGCUGAAGAAGCCACACGCAAGAGGGAGGUCCGUCUCAUGAAGAACAGAGAAGCUGCACGUGAGUGCCGUCGAAAGAAGAAGGAAUACGUCAAGUGCCUGGAGAACCGUGUGGCUGUCUUGGAGAACCAGAACAAAACACUAAUCGAGGAACUCAAAGCUCUCAAAGACCUGUACUGUCACAAAUCAGAGUGAUACCUGUUCUUCAUUCAUUUUAAAGGAACUUGCGUGUACAGAGACUAAAGGGCAAGUCAGCCAGACACGGAUGCAUGUUUUCUAAAUGUUUUAAUAUUUUAAAUUGCUGCAGACUGCCUGUAUGAACACAUAAAUACACGAGGGAACAGAACAGAAGACCCCCUGGCCAAAAAAUAUCUUCUAGAAUUAUUGGAUCAUGACAUUAAAGACAAAAAAUAGCUGAAACCUUUGCUGUGGACUUAAAAAAGCAAGUAUGUUCCAGCUAUCUUUACUCCUGAACUCAAACCAAGACUCGGAGGAGGAGUUUCUGGGAAACGUUUGACUUUUUUUUUCUUUCAGUGUGCUGGUAUAUAAGUGGUCGACAACUUUUAAAAGAGAUUUUAAAAAAUGAAAAAGAACAUGAUUUAACUGACAUCUCUAUAGUAUGGUAGAAAUCAUUGUGCAAGACAGAUUUUCUCUUCAAUGGAGUUGGCAUCAUUCCCUUCAAAAGGUUGAACGUUUGAACUGUUACUUUUAUUUGGUGUAUAGUGCUCUUGUGUUUUAAGUUCAUGUUUUUAUCUUUAAAUAUCAACCAUCUUUCGAAACUAUAUAAAAUAAAUGUUGAUUUUUAGAAAAUACGUCAUUUAUUAACUGAUAAAGUAGUGUUUUAUUACAGAUCAUGAUUAUAGCCCAUGUAUAUUUCGGUUUUGACAAAUUUUGCUCAUCUUGGAUGGCAAACUAAAAUUUUCCCAGCUAAUGUAAAUGCUAACCAUCCUGCCAUUGCAGUAGCAACAGUUGCACAGUGUUAAAUGGUUAUGUUUUUGGCAUUUGGUCACUGACACACAAAUGCACAGUUACAAAAUCAGGAAUUUCACACACAGACGUGAAUUUGUUUCGUAUGACAUUUAUCAGGCUGAGACUUUUCUUCACAUUUAUGUUGAACAAAUUUGGCAGAUCAGUUUUGUGUUAUGUUUUGUAUAUCAUAGAACUAUUGGAUGAAAAUUUGCAUUCUGUCUCUGGCAUUAUUAUGCCAAAGCAUGUUUUAUAAACAUUACAUUAUUAGAUUUUUUUUUUUAUCGUAGUAUGGUACAUUUUUCCAUUGCAUCAUUACAAACUUGGAGUCAGUGUCUUUGUAUUUGAUAAUGUGAUCACAGAUGUAAAGAAUACAUGUAAUCAUUCUAUUAUGGCAUUAGCAUUUUGGCAGCUAUUUCAUAAAAAAAGACGUACAAAUAAUUUCUCUUCGUUUCUUUUUUUUUCCUUUAGGUGUUUGUCUGCAUUUUGUUUGUCAACUUGUUUUUCAAAAAACAAUUGAACACAUGGUAACUUAAGUUACGGUUUGCCUACAGGUUGCCUCAGUUUGGCCAAAAUAUUUCAGUCUUGGAUAAAUAAUCAUUUCAAAAAAGACAAAAUAAUAAAUCAGACAGCAUUUCUUAAAAUCAGCACUGGUAAUUACUGUCUUUGAAUUUGGUGGAGGAAGUUUAAAAAGCAAUGAUGUUUAACAGCAAAUGGAUACUACUUACAUUAACUUUUGAUUGGAGUGUGAUAUUUUGCUUUAUUUUCUGCACAGAGGACAGAAAGUCUUCAAGCAUAUAAACUGAAAAAGUGUAGGAAAUAAGCAUUAGCAGAUUACGUAUUAAAAAUGCUUGGUAACAAUUCCAAGACAUAUUGCUUUGUAAUGAAAUGUACAUAGUGUCAUAUGUUGGUGAGUGCAUCAUAACCCUCCCUGCCUAUACUAUUAGGUUUCAAACCGUCUACCUGAUGUGUCAUUUAUGUGCUUAACUCAAGCGUGACAAAUUAGAGAAGCAAUCUCUCCACAGCGCACUCACCGUCCAGAUCUGCACUUCAGCUGUGCACAAGCUGACACAUCACUGAACCUUAGUACAUUUGCAAAACCAAUUAUUUUCUGACACAAGAACUCCAAAAUCUGAAUUGGCUCAUCUAAGAACAGACUGUCUGUAAAUGCAUUGGUCUUAACUUUUAGAGAAAUGCAAAUUCUGCCUGUUUUCAUUAAUAGUAGAAUGGUUCUCUAUAUCUAUAUACUUGAUGUACUGUUUUUUUCAGUAUUUUCUCUUAUUUGUAUUGAGGUUUACCUAUUGCCAUGCUGGCUAAAGAAAACUCUGAAUAUGCGUGUUGCCUUCCUGCAUAUGCAAGGCCAACCAAUCAAAAGCAAUGUUUGAUGUUAUGAUCCCGCACUUUUUGGAUGAACACAUCAUGCACUUUUUGUAUGAUAACUUUCUCCUUUUGGACACUAUUUACAGUCAUGAUAGGGUUUUAUAGUGUUUCAACGGUCUAGACAUAUAUUGUAUAUACUCUGUGUUACAUUACUUACAUUUGUAAAAGCGUUGCACUCUAUAACUGUUACAUUACGAUUGUGUAUAGUUGUUGUUACCCACCCCCCACCUCCCUUUUGUACACAAUAAUGUAAAUCUACA